UCAUGAAUAUGUAAACUUGGUUUUUUGGGGCGUUUAUUUUAGUUAUAAUUUACCAAGGUUUAUUUCUCUCGGAGAGGACAGGGAAAGUUGGUGGUAAAGUCCGAAUCAAAAAAGAUGAAACAGAAAAGGUAACGACAUCAUUCUUAACCAUAGGAACGGUAGCAUCGAUGAUGAAGCCGUUGUACAUACAAUACGUGAUAGGAGCAAUGAGUGACGCGGCGAAGCGGACGCCAUUUGUGUGCCAAGGCCUAUACAGGACAGUGCAUGAAAUGGCAUAACCUGCUUUGCGGAGUUUAUUCAAGCUUCUUCAGUCUCAUUUCAUGCAUGCAUGGUUCAUGGCUAUUAAUGUCUUCCUAGUUGUUUUAUAUAUUAUGUUUCAAUCUUGUAUUAUUUACAGAGUCAGAAUUCAUUUUCUCUUUGAUUUUAACAUUCUAUGAGGCUUAAUAGAACGCUUCUUGGUGCAGGGAUAUUGAGUUACAUAACCAUGUAAAUAUGACUUGGUUGGCUUGCUUUCUCGCCUGAUGCAUGGACAACCCACCUCGACCCGAGUACUGUGUUUGUGGCCGUGUUUUGAAUUUUGUUAGCAAUCCGGUAUUUCGUUAAUCGGCCUGCUACGUCACGGAGUUGCUAUGGGGACUAUGACUGGCGAUCUAGAAGAUGGAGAAAUUGAAGACGGCGAGAUACCUGACGAGGAAAUUGUUAGUGGCGGGGAAGUACUUGUGAAAAGUGAGCCUGAAAAGUCGGUAGUUCCACGAAAGAGUGAACCUACAUUGUUACCUCCACAGAAUGACACUGCAUCACCUGAAGAGAAACCUCAAGUUUCAUCUUCAAAAUUAAAACGACCAGUUCCGAACCGGGGUGCAGUGAAUCAGAGACAUGUUGAUAGUUUGAAAGAGAACACAGUGGAAGAUGAUUGGGCAGGUGAUGUUGAAAAAGCAAUAAAAGCAGCAAUGAGUAGCACAGAUAAUGGACAAGAGUUAAAUACUGAAGUGAAUGAAAAUGGUGGUGAUAUAGCUAAAGCUGAAGAUGAUGAUGAAAGAAAGUCUCGGCGAAAGAAGAGGAAAAAGAAACACAGAGAGGAUGAUGAAGAGAGAAAGGAAGUCAAGAAGCGGAAACGGAGCCAUGGCUGUUCAAAGGAGACAGUGGCAGAAGAGACCAUGAUGGAUGUGGGACAGGUUGCUACAAGUGACCCAGAUGAAGAAGAUGAUGAUGAAAUGUUAUUUGUUAGGGGGGCUUCCCCCAUCAUGCGUAGUGGGUAUAGUCCACCCGCUCAAGGCUUUCAUGAUGAACCAUUUGGAUAUAUGGACCCUGGUGGACCUUUUGAAGACCCUUAUGAUUCAUAUUGUGAUGAUUCAGACUAUGAAAGAGAGGAAUUUGUACGGUCUCGCCGUGGAGAUGAAGAAGGCCCCAAAAGAGGUGGUCGUGGAGGAAAGCGACGACAGCAAGGCCGUGGAGGUGUCAGAGGCAUUCAGAACAAAAGACAACAAGGAGGGCGUAAGGAUGCAGCAGGCAGCAAGGGGAAAAGAAUGGGCAACAAACGCCAGCAACAAAGGACAGCCAUGUUGCUGCAAGACCCAAGGCAGGGGCCUGAUUCCAUAUGUAUGUUUUACAUGCAAGGGAAAUGUCAGAAGGGUGAUGAGUGUCCAUAUUCUCAUGAUGCCUUGCCUCCACGCAAAAUGGAAUUGUGUAAAUUCUACCUUAUGGAUUGCUGUGCAAAGAAAGACAAGUGUCUGUAUAUGCAUUCUGAUUUUCCAUGCAAGUUCUACCACACUGGUCUUAAGUGUUUUGCGGGUGAUCGUUGCAAAUUCAGCCAUGGUACACUCACAGAAUCCCUGAGAGCUGUUCUUCUGAAGCAUCUAGAGACUGCUCCUAAGGAGAUUCUUGGGGACUUCCCUCGCUUGAGUCGUGAAGGAGCAGCUGCAAUGGUGUAUAAUAAAAAGAACCGUGGUAACAAAGGAACAGGACCGGGUAACAAGAAGAUCCCAUCACUGUUUGAGAUUGAGGUUCCCAUACCAGCCCAACUUCUUGCAGGGAAUCUGCACGGGGAUGAGGAGAGGUCUCCUGCUAGACGAACCACACCAAUGCCUGAUUCCGACAAUGAAGACCAGGAUGGGUGUCGGACACCAAUGCCAUCAUCACCGAAACUGGAAACACACAGUAUCACUAAGGAUUUCUCCAGUAGAGCAAGUAAUCGGAAUUGGGAUGCUGAUAAGGUACCUGGAAAUUCAGGUGAUGAAGAAAUUAGACAUCCUAGAAUGUUUGAUAAUGGGAUGGAUGUCAGUAGAGACCCUAGUGAAGCGAAGGAAUUAACAAGACGGUCUGUGGCUAGCUACCAGGACCGAGAUUUCACAGAACAGCUGCAGCAGUUGAAAAUGCGAUUUUAUCAAGAAACAGUUAAUAGUGCAGAUGAAGUAGGUGCUAAUAAAGAAGUGCGACACCAGCGUCGCCACCGUCACCGACAUGGCAAGAACAAAACGACAACUGACACCGAACAGCAGACAAGGAUCAAACAGAAUCUCCAUUAUCUUGCAGGAUACUCUCACUCACCUGCAACAGAAGCUGACAGUGGAGGAUCACCUUCUCAACAAGGUGGCAGUUCAGCUGGUGUGGAAGCGGUAGAGUUGGCAGAUGAUGAAGGAAAGCUAGAGAUAGUUGACCAACAUGAAGAUGAUGACAAUGAGGAGGAUGUUGAUGGUGGUAAGACUCCACCAGUAUGUUCCACAGCAGUGCAAGAUGGCAACAAGAAAGAUCAACUUGACACAGAUCAUAAUAGCAGCUGCAGCACAGAGACUGGAGGGCUUCCACAUAACCUGCCCAAAAAGCAGCGAGAGCUGUUCCUUCGAAUCCAGCAGCAGCAGCGUGAGGCUGCAGAGUCAAGCAGUCACGAUCAGAGUGGAGAGGAUGAUGGCAAGGAUGAGGAUGUUGAACAGCAGCAAGAGGAGAACUGGUACUCAAGUGAUGAGGAGGAGGCAAGCCUGGCAGAUGUUCUGAAGAACCUCUCCAAGCAGCAACAGCAUUCAACUUCCCCCCCAAGAGCCAGUACAACUCCACCCCUUCCUGCUCCUGCUGGUACUCCAUCUUUGGACAGUAUUAAACUCUCUGCUAUUGACAUCAGUGAGCCUGUCAGCAAAUUGUUGUCAAGCCUCCGUCACCAGCAGAGCACCAGUGCAGUUAGUGUGAUACAAGCUGCAGAAAACUCAGACUCAAGGACUUCAACACAGUCUCAUCUUGCAGUGGUACCAACAACACAAGCCAGGGAUCCGCGGCUUGUGUCACGUGAUCCACGCAACAGAAGUGCCACUGCAACUACUUCCAUGUCUCUGUUAUCACCCAGUACAUUUGACAGUUCACAUCAUGAUGCCCGAACAUCUAAACGGGCUGAUUCUUCAGAAGAGAAAAGUGAAUUACGUCACACUAGUAUCUAUAGUUCUGCCAUAACAUCAUCAGCUGCAUCUACAAAUAUGACACAUGGUCAUUUGGAGAGUGGAGGUGAUGUGGAUUUGAGAAAUUUCCACAGUAGACAGCUACAACCAAGUGCUGGAUUUGAGUCUGGGACAGAUGUGGAUUUACGACAGAACUUGCUUAUGAGGGCGUCAACUUCAUCUUCAUCCUUUAAUUAUGGUGACACAGACCUCAGAGGGACAUCUGGUGAUGUGGACUUGAGGGGAAUGCUGGGUCUGCCAUUUAAGCCAGUUCCUAUGCACACACCUGCAACAGAAAUAGAUGCUUCGUUAACAAGUCAUCCGCCUAUUCCUUACAAGGUUGUAUCAAUCACAGUACCACGGCCCGACUACUCAGGAUUGAAACUGAAUACAUUAGAUCCACAGGUUCGAAAUGAUCCAAGGUUACGUAAGCUCUUCAAGAUGUCCAGCAAUUCUGUGGACAGUCCUGCCUCCCCACCCUUACCACCACCUCCACUAUCAGCCCUACCCCUUAAGCAAUCCCCUUCUGCUGGUACGAGGAGUGAUCCACGGAGACGCAGUGCUCCAUUGACACCACAUUCUUCUUCAGUCACCCGGCUCCAGGAUGUAACACCAGUAUACUCUGAAUUGAUGUCCCAAAACCCUAUGAGCUUAUUACAUAGCACUGGCAUACCAACUGGAAUUGUUCCAUCCUUGCCAGCAGCACUUUCAUAUGAUCCAAGACUUCCCAGGAACCCAAGAAAUGCACCUGGAAUCCUUGGCCCUGCGCCACUACCACUCAACUAUUGUCCGAAUACUCCAAGGUUUGAGGACGUGGAAGAAGGUAACAGCAAUGGUUCUGACACAGACCUCAGAAUGUUCUAUGGAAACAGUGCUCCAACAUGGGAACAACAGUUACCACAGGCACCAAGUCAGCAUCCGCACCGCAACAGAAAUUGGCGCAACAGCAGACGAAAUCAACAGCGGUAUCACUCUCAGCAACAAGAGCAGCAACGGUCUUUCACGCCUCCUUUGUGACAAGGCACAAAGAAAUGUGAGGACAGAAUAAUGAGAUAAAUACUGACAAAGUGGAACAGUGUUAUGAAAAGAAGUAGGGUAAGACAAAACGUGCAAUUGUGCCAAAACGAACACCUGAUAUCAGUAGUAUAGUGGACCUAAAGGAUAUGCAGUGAGUUGAGAAUGAAGGUGAGUGUUUGACGUCUUAUAGUACUAUACAAAAAUGAUUUUGUAGUGAGGCACAUUUUAACUCAAGCUAAGGAAUGUUGGUUAAUUGUGCCAAAGUGAGGAAAAAUAUUACCAUAUACAACAAAGAGUGCAAAAUCAUAUAAUUUGAGUGAAGUUUGUCCUUUGAGGCAACAUAUAAUUUUAUCUAACGUCUUAUGUCACUGUGGACAGAAGAUAUAAAUUUCAGUCAGUGAUCUCAUUCAUGUGCUGUUGCCAGUCAACUGAAGAAGUCUAAUGGUUUUCUCAUUUGUUAGUUUCUCUAAUUUUUUUUAACUUUGUGGAACAUAACACAUUCAAAACCAAAAUAUUUAUCAUGUACUACCGUGAAGGGUAUGUAAGAGGUUGGGUGUUGCAAGUAUAAAUGAAAGAGAUGACAGAGAAAGAAGAGUUUUUUUAUUAGUCUCUGUCCAGCUCUGAAUUUGUAACUACCUGAAAUGUCUACAGAAUAAAAAAAUGUGUGUUGUUGUAAUGAAAAUGUUCUGGGAGUAACAGCUUUUGCCAGUAUAUGGACAUAAAAACAAAACUAUUUUUUUUGGCCAAUGUACAAAAACGAUCUCUCAGCUUCAGGCAGAUGUUGAAGACUGGAAGUUCUUGUUUUUGUAGCUCCUGAAAUUUUCUGACACUGUAUACAGAAGUUCCUGUAGUUUUCUGAUAUGUGUGUGAGCAAGAAAUGCAUGUGUAAGGCAAUCACAAUAUGCCUUGUGGUAUUACAACUACAUGGCUCUGCAGCUACAUUAAAACCUUAAUUUUACAAAUUUAUUCACAGGAGACUUUUUAAAUGAAAAAUCUCUUUUCAAAGGCCUGCAGGUUCCAACAAGCUAUGGUGAAACUUGCAGUGUUUCCCAUUUGUAGUUAACAUGGUGAUCUGUUUAAAUAGGAGGAAAACUUACAAAAUAGAAAAUAUUCCUUCUGAUAGUGGAUUACAUUUUGUUCUGUUUUCUUAUAAAGGAAAAUAGUUUGAUAUUUUCUUCUCCAUGCUCUCUGCUGAGAAUUUAAUUUUAGGUGUUGCAUGGUUUACAGAUUUCUUUAUAUAGAAAUGCAGACUAAAUAAAUGAUGCUGUACAACUCAAAAGUUUCUUGUGACAAAUUACAGAUAUUAGGAAUUAUUUAAAUGAACACACAAAAUAUAUGGUUUUCUGGAACUUGACAUAAUUGUGUGCCAAGGAACCUAACGUCUAUUUAUUCAUUAGAUAGCUGGGUGGGCAGUGGGAAAAAAAAAAUUGUUAAUUUAAAUUAUCUUCUCACAGUAGUUUUACAGUUUUUUUGGCAGAUACUGAAGCUUCUAUAAUCAGAGUGAUUAAAUUGAGUUUAUAUUAAAAUAUGCCAUCAUUUUACUUAUUAUCAAGCCUGACUAGUGGCUAGUUUGUUUUGUCCAAUGGAAUUGCCAGCUGGAAUCAUGGGGUUUAUUAAUGCUGAGGUACAUAUUUUUUGUGGUCACUUCUCAGUCAUUUUAUCAAAAUAUGAGUAUCUUUGAAUAUAUGAAAUGAAAAGUUUGGCCACUGAAUAUCUCAUAACAGGGAAGACAGUUUGGAACUUUCAAGUGAUAACAGCAGAAAGAGAAGACUACACAUGUAGAAUUAAGCAGAAUUUAAUUAAAAUGUUUUUUGGAAUUAACUUUUUAAUUAUAAAAAUAUAAAUCAAAUUGUUUUGUAACUUAUUGUUUAUUUCCUUCUGAGUUAGACUUGUGCUGAAUGAAAAGCACGUUAACACUUUUAUAAAUACUGCAUCACUGAAGCAAAAUUCACCACUACAUUUUGUCAUGAUUGUAUAUUUGCAUGCAUAUAUUUACUGAAUGCUCCAUGAAAAAAUGUUUUGAGUAAAUAUGGUAAGAUUAUUAGUAAAAUUAUUGACUUAUCAGCCAAUUUCAGUCGCCAGUUUGUUUCAAAAUAUACACAAUUUUCUUUUAAAUAUAUCACAUAUUCUGUGGGUUGAAAACAUUUUAAGCAGAUCUUGAAGUUCAGUGAUUUUCAUUUUCUGCAUAUGUUUUGUAUAUAUCUUUUUGUAACAAUGGAUCAUUUUUGUGAGAAUGACUGUCAAAACCUAAAAGUAAAUUGUGUACUUCCAAGUAACAAUAAAAUAGAAUGUGCCUAAAAUGGUCAAAGAACUUUUCUGAAACAUUUUUUGAUGUAUUUGAGGUUCUCACAGUGGUGACUACAUCACCAUUCAGGCCAAUAGAACUACAUGGCAUUAUAUCCCGAAGAUUGUGGUCUUUAUUUCAUUGUUUUUUAUGUUGAAUCUAUAAGUGUAAAGAAACAGCUAUAAAUUUUUAUGUUUGGCAUGUGGAAUGAAGGAAAAUAAAAUACAGUAACCAUA